CUGACACUCCCCGGCGCUGUACCUGAUUUACGAGGCGAUGUUUAACGACUUUCUCCAGCCUCUAACCCGCUUUUCCCGGCGUCCAUUUAUUGUUUGAACAAUCCACCGGAAGAUAACAAUGGAUUUACAGGUUGUUCUUUAAGGAUACACAACAGUUUUGUAGGUUGUUUUUUUUUUUAACAGAACCUAACAAGAAGUUUGCGAUGCCUCGGAUGUUUGUACCGUGUUGAGUCAGCUGACUCCACCGCAGUUUCACCGGGAAACUUGUCAACAAACCCGGUCAGAUACAAAUGGAGGGUGAUGGUGAAGCCUCCCCGGAGGUCCAGACUGUUUCCUCUGAGGAUGUUCCGAGGACACCGAACCCAGAACUGAAGAAACUGCUGUUUUUUAAAGUUUAUAAGAGGAGGUGGUUCGUCCUGCUGGUGCUGUGUUUGUUGAACUGCUCCAACGCAAUGUUAUGGCUGACCUUUGCACCAGUAGCGAACCAGUCUGCCCAGUACCUGAAGGUCUCCCUGGAAGACAUCAACUGGUUGUCACUAGUCUACAUGGUGGUGGCCAUACCACUCAGCUUUGGGACCACGUGGAUGCUGGACACCCUCGGGCUACGGAUCACGUUGAUCCUGGGCUCCUGGCUCAACAUGUUUGGAGCCCUGAUGCGUUUCUUCGGCACGCCGCCGAGCGAGGGUUUUCAGAUCCGUUUCGUGGUUGUGAUGUUGGGUCAGACCUUUGGCGCCCUGGCUCAGCCCCUCAUCAUCUUCACCCCCACCAAGCUGGCAGCGCUCUGGUUCCCGGACCAUCAGCGGGCCACAGCGAACACGAUCGCCUCCAUGUCCAAUCCUCUGGGCAUCCUCCUCGCUAACAUCAUCUCUCCGAUGAUAGCGCAAACAUCUGCAGAAAUCCCAACCCUGCUGCUUGUCUAUGCAGUCCCGGCAUGCAUCAUCUGUUUCCUAGCAACAGUGGGGAUACGGAGCAGCGCCCCCCCGACGCCGCCGUCAGCCAGCGCCGAGUCCUCCGGCUCGGAGCCGUUCGUGCAGGGGAUCAAACUGUUACUGAAGAACAAAGCCUACCUCGUCCUGCUGCUCUGCUUCGGCUCGGGCAUCGCCGUCUUCACCUGCUUCUCCACCCUGCUGGAGCAGAUCCUGUGUGUGCACGGAUACACCAACGACUUUGCCGGCUUGUGUGGCGCUCUCUUCAUCGUGUUCGGCGUCGUGGGCGCCGGCGCUCUGGGACUCUACGUCGACAAGACCAAGAAGUUCAUCGAAGCCACGAAGAUCAACAUGAGCUUCACUGCUCUGGCGUGCAUCGCCUUCUCAGUGGUGUCUCUGAUGCCGGAGCAGAAAGCCGCCGUGGCCGCCAUCUGCUCUUUCUUCGGCUUUUUCGGUUUCUCCAUCUACCCUGUGGCCAUGGAGCUUUCUGUGGAGUGCUCGUAUCCGGUCGGAGAGGCCACGUCGGCCGGGCUCAUCUUCGUGUCGGGACAGGUCCAGUCUGUCCUCUACAUAAUCCUCCUUCAGGCUUUGACCACACGACUCUCUGAAUCUCCUCUGUCGACCUGCGGGGACGCAGUGCUGAGCUGGAGAGUGCCCAUGCUGGUGAUGGCAGGACUGUGCAGUUUAUUCACCUGCUGCUUCGUCAUGUUCUUCCACACGAGAUACAGACGACUGGAGGCUGAAGAACAGGCCACUUACGGGACCAAACAAAUCAACGGCUCGACGCCCAGUGACCAUGCUCCGAGUGCGGAGACGUGAAGCUGCCGACAGACUCGUGACAGGAGAGGGAGACGCAGGGAAUCAUGGGAGCGAUCACCACUACAGUUUGUUUCUUUGGUACGAAACAGUGGGGGAAAAAAACUCGGACUCUUUUAUACGAUAUUGGGACCAAAGAUUCCAACAGAUUUUACCUUAACACCAUUGCUACUAACACAUAAUCCUUAAAAUAUUACAGGAAGGGACAGCAUGUCGACUAUUUAUCAGCAGAUUGUUCUUAUCUUUCCAUGAAUAAAUGGAAAAUCUAUUUCUGUAAUAUACUGAGUGGUUGUACAACCAAAAAAAUACCUCAUAAGGAGGAGAUUUCUGUAAAUAUUUUAUACUCGGGCAAGUCCAAGUAAACUGGGAGAAUACUUAACAUUCCUAUACUGAUCAGUGGAUUUAAAUGGUUAUUUCAUUCUGAAUUGUUUUUAUUUUUAACUAAACUUACCUUUUGAUUGAGGUAACAGGACAGAAAUAUUCACCCAAAUGUAACUCUGGGAUGAGAUGUGGAAAGUUAUGGAUGUAAACAUGAAACCAAAUCACAAAAAGCAGCUAAACAAACCUAAACUCAUCAGUGUCAGAUCUUCUUUACCUCGCUCUAUAAAAUAUAGGUACUCAAGGCUCAGUACAGAACCUGCUCUGGAAAAACACAUAUUUUCCAUGUGAGUAAAACUGAAGUAGAUCUGCAGAGGAGCCUGGCGUUUCCACGUUUCCCUCGAUGCACCGACUCUUCCUCUGAGUCAGUGUGUUGUUGAAAUUCUCAGGGUUCCUGUAAAAAAAAAUCACAAAACAAAACAUGAACUGUUGUGCGACUCAAAACGCAGCAGGGCUUUAAACUGCGUUGCAUUCUGGUCUAUUUCCUGCCGCUGUGCGAGAACUGUGGAUCCUGUUUGAUUCUCAGCGUCUGACAACGAAACCUGACGCCGACUGUUGAUGUUUCUCAAACAUUUUCUCCUCUGUUGCUGCUAGAAAUAACUUGAUGUGUUGUCACAUCGUCGUGGGGAGUAAACCCACUCCGAAAGCUUCACUGACACGAUGUGAAUAAAAUGCAUCGGCUUUACGCGUUAAUCAGGUUUCAAUGAGAAGAUAAAACCAAACUGAGUAUCAUUAUAUCACCACUAAUCCUGUUGUGUUGAAUUUAAAGUCUGUCUGUCAUUGUGUUGUGGAAACAGACGCCUAAUAGCAGCAUUUAACUACCUUAAUUCUAUAAACAGACAGGUGUUGGUGUUUGUGCAAUAAAGGGAAUAAACUCAGUACUGAUGAUAAUAGGCACAUGAAGGUUCUGAGUGGUAGAAGACACAUUUGUACUCUCACUUUUUAUCUGUGUACUGAAUGUUUUAGACUUAUUAAUGCGACCAAAUCAGCUUUAAUUUGAAUAAUAUCUUGUUUUUAAUUCUACAAAUAGCUGAGACUAAUGAUAGUGGGGUUUUUUAUUUUUCAAAGAGGUCAUAUUUUGUUAAACUUGGAGGAGUUGAAUGAUUGUUUCUUUAGAUUUGUAAAUCCAUGCACUUCUCUAAAUUUCUGUAAUAUGAUAAAAAUCUGUUUGGCUCUGCAGCUGGAACUGGAAACAGGAACUGUUUCAGUUCCUUCAGUCUGAUGGAGUCAGGUAUUUAGACUGUUGUAAAACAGGGUUUAUAAGCUGUAAUUAAUGUUAAUAAAUCAGAAAAAUAAAAACAUAUCAACUA